AUGUACACCACUAAACUAUUCAAUUUAGGCAUUCUAAUUCUUGCUGCUGAAAUUCUGAAUCUUGUGGGAGUUUUCUCGCCAUGUUGGACUUCAGAAAGCGAUCAAGUUGGGAUGUCCUUCUGCUAUGGAAUUGUGCCGUAUGAUUCGAUUAAUUCUUCGAUAUUCCCGUGGUACGCUGCAUCUAGUUGGUUAAUGUUCAUAACAGUUGCCUUCUCGAUAAUAACUAUUCUCGCUUACUUCAAAGUACAAGCUGAUGUCAUCCGUGAUGGUUAUUCCUGCGGCUCCCGAAAAUGGUUCAUAAUUAUUUCUGUCUGCGCCAUGAUGACUGUUCUGCUGACUAUUUCUGCAAUUACUGUUCUCGGAGUGAACUUCUCAAAACUCUCGGUUUAUUAUAUCUCAUAUAAUUUGGGCUACUCCGCGUGGAUUUCAAUCAGUGCUGCUGUUUUCUAUUUGAUUGCUUCUGGUCUCUCUGCACACAUUUCAUACCGUGAUUGCUGUUAA